AUGGAACAAGGAAUUGAAUAAUUAGGAUUUAGUAAUCGAAAUAGAUAAGUGGGAUAGAUAGUGAGUAGUGGAAAGAAGAAGAGUAAGAGUAAUGAUGAGGGAUAGAAGAUAAUAAGAUUGGAUAAAUUGAGAUAGUAAAUUGUGAGUUUGGAAAUUGAAGCUAAGAAGCCUAAGUUGAAAUUGAAGAAACUAAAUAGUGAAAACAUGUUAUUGAUUGAGAAACAACAGUUGGAGGAUGACAUAAAAGAAAUAAGUUAGAGAUUAGAGAAAAUGAAAUAGAUUAAGAUAGUGAGUAAAUAGUAAUAGUGUGAUUUGUUAUAGGAUAAAUAAGAUUUCGAGUAAAGGUGGAAUAACAUUUAGAAGGAGGAUGAAAUUUAAAGUUUUUAGGAAAGAAUGCAAACUCUACUCAACGAGGAGUAGGAACCAAGUAAUCAUGAUAUUGAGAUCUUGACCAAAGAAGUUGAAGAACUAUUGUGUUUCAAAAUAGAUGAUAAACCAAUUAAGUACGAUCUAUUCACUAUAGAAGAAGAAUAAUAAGAUUAAUCUUUUACUUGA